AUGUGCAGCAGUAGCAACAGUACUGCCCCUAGCAGGGGCAACAGCAACAGUAGCAAAACUUAUAGAGACACUGACAUAAACAAGAGUAAUAACAUCAACAUCAAUAGAAGCAGUAACAGUAGCAGCAGCAGCAGCAGUAGCAAAAUCUAUGGCAACACUGACAGAAACAAAAGCAACAAAAUCAAAAGCUGUAACAUCAAUAUCAAGAGCAGCAGUAGCAGUAGCAGCAGCAGCAGCAACAGUAGCAAAACUUAUAGAGACACUGACAUAAACAAGAGUAAUAACAUCAACAUCAAUAGAAGCAGCAACAGUAGCAAAAUCUAUGGCAACACUGACAGAAACAAAAGCAACAAAAUCAAAAGCUGUAACAUCAAUAUCAAGAGCAGCAGUAACAGUAGCAGCAGCAGCAGCAACAGUAGCAAAACUUAUAGAGACACUGACAUAAACAAGAGUAAUAACAUCAACAUCAAUAGAAGCAGUAACAGUAGCAGCAGCAGCAGCAGUAGCAAAAUCUAUGGCAACACUGACAGAAACAAAAGCAACAAAAUCAAAAGCAGUAACAUCAAUAUCAAGAGCAGCAGUAGCAGUAGCAGCAGCAGCAGCAACAGUAGCAAAACUUAUAGAGACACUGACAUAAACAAGAGUAAUAACAUCAACAUCAAUAGAAGCAGCAACAGUAGCAAAAUCUAUGGCAACACUGACAGAAACAAAAGCAACAAAAUCAAAAGCUGUAACAUCAAUAUCAAGAGCAGCAGUAGCAGUAGCAGCAGCAGCAGCAACAGUAGCAAAACCUAUAGCAACACUGACAGAAACAAAAGCAACAAAAUCAAAAGCUGUAACAUCAAUAUCAAGAGCAGCAGUAACAGUAGCAAAAUCUAUGGCAACACUGACAGAAACAAAAACAACAAAAUCAAAAGCAGUAACAUCAAUAUCAAGAGCAGCAGUAGCAGUAGCAGCAGCAGCAGCAACAGUAACAAAACUUAUAGAGACACUGACAUAAACAAGAGUAAUAACAUCAACAUCAAUAGAAGCAGUAACAGUAGCAAAAUCUAUGGCAACACUGACAGAAACAAAAGCAACAAAAUCAAAAGCUGUAACAUCAAUAUCAAGAGCAGCAGUAGCAGUAGCAGCAGCAGCAGCAACAGGGCACGCAUGCUCUUGGACUCCUUUGCCCAAAGACAAGAGUCUGAGUUUGAAGCGUCAUCUUCUCCUCCCCACCCCUCAGCCAGCGAUUUUGGCCCAGGGGCUUGGCUGAAGGCAUCUGCCACUGCGCUGCAGAGGCUCACCUCUCCCAGGUGCUCAACAGCUUAG